GUAACUACACAAAAUAGGAAACAGCAUCGCAAUGAACAGCAGCUCCUUGGUCCUUCUCCUGCUCGUCUGCGGCCUUUGCCUCUGCCAGGCGGAAGUGCAGCAGCGACGUCGCUACCCGCAACAACAACAGCAGCAACCGCAGCCUCAGGGCUACAACUACCAACCAGCUCGCCAGCAGCAACAGCAGCCCUCGCGCACUUAUGGCGCCCCCUCUGCAGCCCCGCAACAACUGUACAGCGCUCCUCCCGCUGCUCCUGCUCCCGCCCCCGCUCGCCUCCAGGCCAAACCUGCACGUUUGGUGGCCAACAGCGAGGCCCAAGAGGACAUCGACGAUGCUGCCGAGGAGGUUGAAGUGCCCAAGGCCGCUGCCCCAGCACCCGCUGCCCCCGCACCCGCCAUUCCCGUUGCCCCGCCCUCCGUUGUCUACUAUCCAGCGGGCGCUGUGAGCUUUGUGCAGCCAACGGCAUUCGCCAAGCUCAUCACCGCAGCUCCAGCUGCCCCAGCUGCUGCUGCCUACGUCGCUGCUCCUCAGUACUAUGCCGCCUACUAUGGUUAGAUAUAUACUCUUUAUACCAUAAAUGCCAGCGAUGUCUGCACUUCCCAAACUAUGCCCCACUUCUUAACCUAAUUGUAACGAAUAAAUACCUAACACUAAUGCCAAACAAGCAGACUUUCUUAUUUUACAACACUGUUUACUUUCAACUUGGAUAAAGCUAGAAUUAAGUGGUUCAGAAUUGACACUUUAUAUACAGAAUACAGA